AUGGGGCGUAUCCGGCGAGCAGCGGCGGUAGCAGGCUUGGGUAUCACACUGUUGCCUCGGGAUGGAACAGAGGCCUGGCUAGCACCAAACAGACGCCAUGCUGAAGUCAGUGGAACCUUUGAGGCACCACCAUCCAUGGUGGAGACACAGUGGGGCUCGCCUUACACUUACAUCCCCCAGGUGACUGUUAAUGAGAAGGCGGCGGACUUCUUCUUCGCAUCCGUUCUCGAGUCCGUAGCGGAGUUGCCAGCUGAGGGCCAAGGAGGCGUGGAGGCUGGGGAAGGCGCAGAGGCCGGGCAGGGCGGAGAAGCAGCGGGUCCCCAGCCCAAGGCCUGCGAGGCGCUGAACGCGGAUGCCGACAGGAGCCACGUGUUCCAGACCAUUCAGGGUAUUGAGACAGAAGAGGCGUGCCAGAACUUCUGCGGGCAGACGAAGGGAUGCGUAGCUGCAAUUUUGGAGGGCGCAACCUGCAGCCUCAUGAGGGCUUUGCGUGGGGUCAAAGAGGGUAGUGGCAUUUUGGUGGUUCAAACCUGCGACAACUCUUGCUUCUCCCAAGGCAGGAAACUGAGCAGCGAAGGCAAGUCGCUCGGUACCGCCAAUAAUGCGAAUAUUUGCCAGGCCAUGUGCCAGGGAGAGGAUGGCUGCAUUGGAUUUUCUUGGAACCGAAGCAGCAAGGAGUGCACGUCACACCCGAGUGAAGUUGGAUCCGCUGAGGAUAAGGCCUCUGUGAGCGGGCCUAGAGACGGGUGCUCACUUAAUGUCAGGCCUGUAGACCAGGCUGGCAAGUGCACAUUACAAGUGGACCUCACAGGUGAUGCCGGAAACCACAUCGAAGCACCAAAUGUGUCCACAAUUGAGCAGUGCAGACGCGAGUGUCUGCUGGACAAGGAUUGUAAGUGGUUCACCUUCAACGAGGUAACAAAGAUCUGUUACCACAAGAAGAAAGUGGGAAACAUUGCAUAUGGCUUAAAAGGUGACCAUACUGCUUCCAGGCUGUGCGACGCUAGCUGCCUUCAGAAAGAUGUGAAAUUUGCCGGCAACGCCUACAAGACCCUCAACGUGAAGUACAUGCAGCUCUGCAUAUACAAUUGCUUCAUCGACGGUAAGUGCCAGCGGUGGAGUUGGGAUUCAAAGUCCACAGCUUGCAACCUGUUCGACGGCACCGGCGUUGCUGACAGCUCGGCUAAUCAAGCCGGGGUUUGGAGCGGCCCCAAGGAAGGCUGCGCUGCUGAUACACUGUACGGCCGGGAAGCACCGUCUUGCGCGGUACGCGGGUCGCGAUACGGCACCAUUCCGAUUUCUACCCAGACGGUUGAUAACGCGACGCUUUGCCAACAGCAAUGCCAGAAGUCCUCUAUGUGUGAGGCCUUCUCAUACGAUAUUAAGGGGAAGGUGUGCUACUUGCACGUUGCGUAUGCCGCGAAGUUGAAACGUGCUAAUUACAACUUUAUUUCAGGCCCAAGGCAAUGUGCGGGUUGUUCAACGAACGGUAGUGAGUACAGUGGAAAGGCACUGCAGGAAAUGGGAAGCGAAGUAGAGACAGCAGAGGAGUGCCAGCUGCUGUGCCAGGCGACAAGCGGCUGCGAAGUGUAUUCCUUCCUGGGCUCUGCAUGCAAACUCCUGGGCAGCGGAGAGAGCAAGAAGAACGUGCUGGCAACAAGUGGCGUGAAGUACUGCACUGGCGUUUGCGACAUUUUGGGCUUCCGGGCUCCCCGCAGGGAAUUCGGGUACGCAUUGUUGCUCAAGGGCAAGAGCCUUGAGGAUUGCAGAAAGGCUUGCUCAGCAGACCAGAAGUGCACCAACUUCACGAGCUGGCUAAAUAAGGAGUGCUAUAUCAAGGAUGACCAGGACCACCGGAUGCAGGAACCAAUACCGGAGGCUACAUCCGGAUGGGUUUCGUGCUCAACGUGCUUCCGUCAGGGCGUUGGAUACAAAGCAACCGAGGCGAACUUGCUAUGGACACUCCCAAGCGAAAACGCAGAGGAAUGCAGACAGAGGUGCGAAGUGAUGGAGAGCUGCGGGCGAUUCAGCUACGACGCGGCGAGCAAAGCCUGCUCAAUGCUCUCUGGUGAGGGCGAGGAAGUACAGGGCGAAAACCUCGUGUCAGGGCCCCCUCGGUGCACCCGUCGCGACACUUGCUACCAGAACGGGGUGUCAUUCACAGGUGGCAAAGCGAUUUCUGAGGCAAAGGCAGCUUCUUCUCAGGCGUGCCAGGAGCUCUGCGAGAAGGAUGCCAAGUGCAGAUUCUUCACCUUGGCUUCUGGGAAGUGCAGCCUGUUCGCAGACGACGCAGCCCUUCGGCCUACGAAGUCUGAUGGAGCGGUUUCAGGAAACAAAAGGUGCAUAUUGCUGGAGGACAUUUGCGAGGAAUCCAACAUUCAGUACAGCUCAGGCGACCUCGAUUCUCCGCUGACAGCGAAAAACUCGCAAGAGUGCAUGGCGCUUUGUUAUAAGGACCCGCAGUGCCGCAUCUGGACAUACCUUGUGCCAGAGAAGCAGUGCCUUUUGAAGUCCAUCACUGGAUUUUCCAACCGUGCCAAAGCCACAAGCCAGAAGAAGUCAGGAGGGCGCCUGGGCUGCGCCAGAUGCACGCGUGCAGCCAUAGCGUUCGGAGGAAAGGAACUCCAGACAGUCAGCGGCCUUCCACACGAAACAGUAUGUCAGUUUGCAUGCGAACUGAACAAAAAAUGCAAGUUCUUCACAUUUGACCAGGUCAGCAAAUCUUGCAAGCUCUUCGCUUCUGACAGUGAAAGAUUGCCUGCAGAGAACACGGUUCUUUCCGGCCCAAGGCGUUGCUAA